AUGGCCCCAGCCCAGGAAAUGGGAAACAAUCAGACAUGGAUCACAGAAUUUAUCCUGUUGGGCUUCCAGGUUGACCCAGAACGUGAAGUUUUCCUCUUUGGGUUCUUUCUGGUGUUCUACAGUGUCACCCUGCUGGGCAGCGGGGUCAUCCUGGGGCUCGUCUGCCUGGACUCCCGCCUGCACACCCCCAUGUACUUCUUCCUCUCAAACCUGGCCAUCGUUGACAUGUCGUAUGCCUCGACCACUGUUCCUAAGAUGCUGGCAAAUCUGGUGACGCACAAGAAAACCAUCGCCUUUGGUCCAUGCAUCUUUCAGACUUCCCUGUAUUUGGCAUUUGCUGUCACAGAGUGCACGUGUUUGGUGGUGAUGUCCUAUGAUCGGUAUGUGGCCAUCUGCCACCUGCUCCAGUACACUGUCAUCAUGAGCUGGAGAGUGUGUGUGGUCCUGGCCACCACGUCCUGGUUGUUUAGCUUCCUCUAGGCUUUGGUCCACAUUACUCUCCUCCUGAGGCUGCCCUUUUGUGGGCCUCAGAAAAUCAACUACUUCUUCUGUCAAAUCACAUCAGUGUUCAAAUUGGCCUGUGCUGACACCAGGCUCCAUGAACUUGUCCUCUUUGUGGGCUCCGUGUUUGUUCUAGUGGGGCCCCUGUGCUUGGUGGUGGUCUCCUACACACGCAUCCUCUUUGCUGUCCUGAGGAUCUAGACUGGGGAGGGCCGCAGGAAGGCCUUCUCCACCUGCUCCUCCCACCUCUGUGUGGUCGGGAUUUUCUUUGGCUGCGCCAUUGUCAUGUAUGUGGCCCCCAAGUCCCGCCACUUUCAAGAACAAAGAAAGAUUCUGUCAUUGUUUUACAGCCUUUUCAACCCCAUGCUGAACCCGCUGAUCUACAGCCUGAGGAACUCAGAGGUCAAGGGUGCCCUGCAGAGGUUUUUGGGGAAAAGGAGGUCCCUGGGAGGGAUGGUUGGGAAUAUUUUGGGCGUGUGA